AUGGGGAACACACACCCCAGAGGCAGCCAGCAGAGCGGCACGCUCCCGGGCCGCCCGGAGCUGUCCUUCUACGGCUCUUUUCCUCGGAAGUGGAAUGAGAAGGUCUUCUUAGAUAACGAGCUGCUGACCUCCAGGGUCCUGUCCGUGCUGCGGCCGCAGCCCGAGAGGGGCUUCCGGGCAGGCACCCUCCGCUGCCCUGCACACUUUCUGAGCACCAACUCUGUGUUUGCCUCCGUCGCAGCCUCGCUGAAGGAGCGCCCGCGGGGCACCCUCCUGUCCCCCGACAGCAGCCCAGCCCUGCCCAGGAAUGUCGGCAUGACGGUCCCGCAGAAGGGGACUGCAACACCAGCACCGAGCCCGGCUGGAACAGGGGCGCGACUUGGGUAAGCCGCUUCCCUUCUUGGUUGCAAACGUAGGUGACGAGCACCCCCCGCCCUGUCCCCGUCUCCAUCCCGGGAGCUGUUGACAGGCUGCCCUGUGGUGAGUGGUGACAUGCCCGUUAGCACCUGCCUCCAACAUUCAGCCCUUCCCCGCUUUUCCAAGGUGAGGCGUUGUGGGUGUGUUUCGGCCAUUUGGAGCCAGUGUCAAAAGCGAGAGGUGGUGAAAAGGCAGGAUGUCUUGUACGAGCUGAUGCAGACGGAGGUGCACCACGUGCGCACGCUCAAGAUCAUGCUGAGGGUGUACUCCCGGGCCCUGCGUGAGGAGCUGCAGUUCAGCAGCCAGGCCGUCAGCCGCCUCUUCCCCUGCGCAGACGACCUGCUGGGCCUGCACAGCCACUUCCUUGCCCGGCUGAAGGAGCGCCGCCAGGAGUCUCUGGAGGAGGGCAGUGACCGCAAUUACAUCAUCCAGAGAAUCGGGGACCUCCUGGUGCAGCAGUUUUCCGGGGAAAAUGGAGAAAGAAUGAAAGAAAAAUACGGCAUCUUUUGUAGCGGCCACAACGAAGCCGUCAGUCAUUACAAGUUGCUGAUGCAGCAAAACAAGAAAUUUCAGAACUUGAUCAAGAAAAUUGGGAACUUCGCCGUUGUGCGACGGCUGGGCGUUCAGGAGUGCAUCCUGCUGGUCACUCAGCGCAUCACCAAGUACCCGGUGCUGGUGGAGCGGGUUAUUCAGAACACGGCAGCUGGCACCGAGGACUAUGAUGACCUGACCCAGGCCCUGAACCUCAUCAAAGACAUCAUCUCACAAGUGGAUGCCAAGGUCAGUGAGUACGAGAAAGGCCAGCGCCUCCGGGAGAUCGCAGGGAAGAUGGACCUGAAGUCCUCCAGCAAACUCAAGAACGGGCUGACCUUCCGCAAGGAGGACAUGCUGCAGCGGCAGCUCUACCUGGAGGGCACGCUGUGCUGGAAGACCAUGUCAGGGCGCCUGAAAGAUGUUCUUGCUGUCCUACUGACGGAUGUCCUCCUCCUGCUACAAGAAAAGGACCAGAAAUACGUCUUUGCUUCUGUGGACUCAAAGCCUCCUGUCGUGUCUCUGCAAAAGCUCAUCGUGCGGGAAGUGGCCAACGAGGAGAAAGCCAUGUUCCUCAUCAGCGCCUCCCUGAAGGGGCCGGAGAUGUAUGAGAUCUACACAGGCUCCAAGGAGGAGCGCAACACCUGGAUGGCCCAUAUCCGCAGAGCUGUGGAGAGCUGUUCAGACGAGGAGGAGGGGCCCUUCAGUGAGGCUGAAGAGGAAAGGAAGAUGAUUGAGGCCCGGGCCAUGAGACUGAAGGAGUUCCAAGAGCGCCUGAGCGUGAAGGACCAGCUGAUCACUCAGAGCCUCAGCGAGAAGCAGCAGAUCUUCCUGGAGAUGUGGGAGAUGAGUGGGCUCGAGGACAGCACCCAGGGCCCCCAGGCUCGGCUCCUUUUCCGGGGAGCAGACCUUUCUGAGAACCUGCAGGGGGAGCUGAUUCUCAGGUCCGCCAUGACGGAGAUUGAGGACAUCCAGAGCCUGCUCUGUAAACAGCUGGGCAGUGCCAAUGGCCAGGCGGAGGACAGCAGCAUCAGCACUCUACCCCGCAGGGCAGAGACCUUCGGGGGCUACGACAGCACCAGCAGCAAGAACGGCAGUUUGAAGAAAAAGGUCUGCAGCAAUGACCCCAAGCCCCAUGACUUGCGAGGCCCAGCAAGCAUCCCUGAGGGGAAGCCCGGCGAGAUCCCAUGGGCACCAGAGGAAGCCCCCUCGGCAGUGCCAGAUGCAGACAGCAGCCCCUGUGGCCUGGAGUCAGAGGUAGGUGCGGGGCUCCCCGGCUCCCCAGGCCCUGAGCCUGCCACCAUGAGCUGGGGGGGCUGGGAACAGCGUGUCUCUCUCCCACAGCUUGUCCAGCGGAUCCAGACACUGUCCCAGCUGCUCCUCAGUCUCCAGGCAGUCAUCGCUCAGCAGGACACUUUCGUGGAGCUGCAACGGGCCACCAUCCAGGAGCGCGAAAAGCAGCUGCGGCUCCAGUCGACCCGCGGGAGCCUGCUGCUGGAGCAGGAGCGGCAGCGCACCUUCGAGAAGCAGCGCGAGGAGCUGGCGGGCGCGCAGAAGCUGCAGGAGCAGCUGCGCCUGGAGCAGCAGCGCUGGGAGCGGGAGCGCGCCAGGCAGCGGCGGGAGCUGGAGCUGGCGGCCGCGCGGCUGCAGGAGCGCGAGGGCGAGGCGCAGCAGCUGCGGGAGCGGCUGGGCCGGGAGCGCGAGGAGCUGGAGCGGCAGCGCCAGGCCUACCAGCACGACCUGGAGCGGCUGCGCGAGGCCCAGCGCGCCGUAGAGAAGGAGCGCGAGCGGCUGGAGCUGUUGCGGCGGCUCAAGAAACACAACACGCUGCCGAUGGGUGCGACGCUGCCCGCAGAGGUGGCCGCUGAGGCCCUGCCCCUGAGCCACCCUUCCAGCUUCAAUGGGGAAGGGCUGGAAGGGCCUGUGGGCCUGACCAAAGUGCCAGGGGCACGGAUUAGCAUGCAGCUGUGUGGCGCUGGGCCCGAGUCCACAGAGCGCCCUGAGGCGGCUCGCCGGGACAGCGCUCCGGCCGAGAGCCGACUGGCCAAGAGCGACGUGCCCAUCCAACUGCUGAGCACCACCAACCAGACCCAGCGGCAGGCGGCCGUGCAGCAGCAGAUCCCCACCAAGCUGGCUGCCUUCACCAAGGGCAGCAAGGACAAGGCGGGCAAGAGCAGGGGCUCACAGCGCUGGGACAGCACAGCCUCCUUCGACCUGAAGCAGCAGUUGCUUCUCGGCAAGUUCAAGGGGAAGGACGACAACUCUGCCUCACGUACCCGCCGCCCGCUGAGCCCCGUCCUGCCCGCCAGCCAGAGUGCCACACCACCCCUAGGUGAGCCCACCCCUCCACGACCACCACCUUCUCCCCCUCCUGCCGACAGCCCACCCGAGAGAGUCUCCCCAAGGCUGGGUGGGGGCACCCCCUUCCUGCCACCGUCCCCCCUGCUGCCGCUGGCCACCCCACUCCCAGCUGAGGAGGAAGCCAGCAAGGAAGAUGUCAUCUUCUUCUAG